AUGGUGCCGCGACCCGGGAGUACUACUUCGAAUGACGGGCUAACGAUCCAAGAGGCAUCGGAGGCAGGUGCGCAGUCGGCUGGAAGGUCGCCGACCGCAAGAGAGCACAGUGAGAGACCUGUCGCGUCGUGGAGCUCUGAGGGAACCUUCACGACAGGCCACGGGGCCAGCGACGACCAGGAGGGCUACGUAGAACAGUUUGCCGUUCCCGAUGUGGCUCCCGAUGAGGGAGCCGCGAAGGGACGCGACGUAAGUCGCGGUCCUACUGGUCGGAAGCCUGCAAAGGCCGACGACCAACAACAACCCACCGCCAAGGCCGCCGCCAAGCGCAAGUCGCACAAGAGGAGGAAGAAGAAGAAGCUGCGCGCGCCGGACUCGGCGGAUGUGUCGCUGUCCAAGCCGCAAGGCAAGGAUGGUACACCGUCGAAGAGGUGCGACCCGAUCUUGGUCUUCCUCAAGCCCAUGCUGGUGAGCAACUUCACGGGCCCCUUCGUCGCGCCGGACUUCGAUAGUCUCACCAGCGUCGCCGACGCCGCGACGAUUCUCUUCCAGAUGCUGCGUGAUUCGGGAUUCGUGCUGGGAUCUUUCGAGAUGGAGAAGCUGUGCGACUGGGACGUCAAGUCCUGGUUGCGCGCGAUUCGCGUGGUGCAGGAGCCUUUGACGAUUCUCGCCGGAUCCGUCAAACAAGACGCGACGAGUUUCUCCGCGGGCCAAGACGCGCCGAGUUCCUCGAUGGGCUCAGCCCAGACCUCGACGACCACGCCCUCGCCGCCACCUCGAUACCAAUCGAGUGUGGACUUCAAUAGCAGCUUCGAGUCGCGCAAGCUCAAGUCUCCGGAGAAGCUCUGCGCGCCGGAUUCAGCGGAUGGACCGCCGGUCAAGGCGAGAGGCGAUGACACGGGGAAUCAGUUCACCGCGGCAGAGAUGAGGUAUAUGGUUGCUGGAGUGGAGCUGAUCCGGCUGCUGGAACACGAUCCGAUCCUGCGUUUCAUCAAGCCCAACGCGAUCAAGUUCACGGGUCCUUUCCGGGUGCCGGACUUUGACAUGCUCACGAUCGUCACGCGAGCCGCAGGGACACUCUUCGAGAUGUUGCACGAAUCAGGCUUCAGCUUGGGUAUCACCGAGAGGACGGGAGUGUAUGACUGGGACGUCGAGUCGUGGACACGUACGAUCCGCGGCGUCUUGGGACCGUUGACGGUCCUGGUCGGAUCCAUCCAACGCAAGGUGACUCCGCCUGGGACGCGCCCAAUCUCAACGCAGAUGAUAACUUCGUCCCAGGCUGAGUCGAGCGUGCAUUCCACGUCGAGGUCCAAACCCCGACGCGACGUAGAUGACGAACCCGCCGACUUGUUUGACGUGGACUUCGGGAUGCCGAAAACCACGGCCGCGACCUCAACCACGACUUCACCGGAACUGGACGAGGUUUUCAACCAUCUGAGUGAGCCGCCGCGCGCUAUGCCCCGUGAGGUCACGCCAGCGCGUAUCAAGGUUCUGCCGGAUCUGAAGGAAGCAAUUCCUAAGGCGCUGGAAGAGGCGAGUACGCGCUCUACGAUAACUCAGGCGUCGAAUACCCAUGUCUCUGCGGUUCAUGUCGAGCCAAGAAACUCGACGCAGAAAAUGUCGACGCGGGACGCGUCGAAGGAGAUGCGCCAGCAAGGACUUGGUAAUCAUGCCGUGAUGUCCGUCGCAGUGCCGGUUGCGACGACAUCCAGGCGACCGUUGGGCACGGCGCGGGCCUCUACUACUCCCGAGCAAUGGCGUUACGACGCACGAGUGCGGCCGGUCUCACUCGACACGCUUAAGCGACUCGACCCAGGGCAAACACUCGACGUCCGCCUGCGCUCCAGCCGAGAUGCACCGCGCCUGUGGGUCACGCGCAGCAAAACGUGGGUUACAACCAUGUUUAAGACUAAGAUCGAGCGACAAACAUACCUGCGGGUGACCAACGUCACAGACGAGACAAUAACGCUCGACGCAGGCACGAACGUGGGUUGGUGGACACCCUCCGAUGUGUUUCCGCCUGCGCCCCGCUUCGUGCUGGCGACUAAUCGACAGUACCAAGAUUGGCAAAACCUUGCGUAUGAAGUGACCUGCGACGAGGACAAGACCUGGCGUGACGACGAGCUCGUCUGGACCAUGUAUGGAUGGCCGACGUACGAAGAUCUGGAAUUCGACGCGCGCCGAACGGGGCUGACCCGUGCGCCAGCGGUGGAGACGUCGUCGGUGAGCAAGUUGCAGACGCGUGGCCACUCGACGCUGUCGCGCGUGGUGUUGAAGACACGGGUCGGCGUAGUAACGACGUGUGUACGGUCGGACCACGGGUCGCAGAUAAGCGACAAUGCGGGGCGCCCAGCUGAAGCGUCGCGAGUCGAACAACCCGUCGAAGGUGCGUCGGGCGACGAAGCGCGAGGCGCGCCAUCCAGCGGAAGGUCGCUGCAAUGCGACAGGGUGCGCCAGUCGAGCGAACGCGCGCAAGUUGCAAAAUCCAACAGGGACAAGUGCGACAGUGUGAGAUGUGAGGGAUGGAACGUCUCGGAACCGUCCCAGAAGCAGUCCCAGAAGUGCGACACCGUGAGACGGACCGAAUGUGACACCGUGCGUCAGUUGGGCGAAUGGUCGCCCAUGAGACGGACGGAAUGUGACACCGUGCGACAGUCGAGCGAAGGGUCGAGGGGACGCGACGACGUGAGACUGACCGAAUGUGACACUAUGCGACGGUCAGUAGCGAGGUCUCAGACCUGCGACGGUAUGCGACUUGGGGACAAAGCUGGAAAAUGGCGACUUUGGCGACAUUCCGCCCUCGAGCCCGUGAAGAACAAGCCGAAUGUGAACUUCGACGUGGUCGACGAGGGGCCUGACGGUGGCGGGACUGGAGGACCACCGGCGUCUGCACCAAAAGAGAGGCACCGCGCCAUAAACCUUGAUCGAUUGUCAACCCUGAGCAAGAUGCUGGUCCGAAUUGCGCGAUCUAUCGAAGUGGCGGGUACGCCGCGGCGGGGUGAGUGGUGCAAUUUCCUGUGGACAAGCCCGAAUGCCACGGCGCCACCUGGAGGAUUGCUGGCGAAGGUACCAGCUGUCACUCGACGGAUGUCCAGUGAACUCAAUAAGUCUGCGGUCCUGAAGAUGGCGGGCAAGGCGGGCGAUGAGCCACGCAGCUACACCGACUUCGAACCUGUGACGCACUACACGUACAACCGCGUUACGGCGUACGUCGAGGCGGGAACACGGGGCCCGACGCACUUGUUGGAUGCGUACGACGAGAUCAAGAAGACAGCGCGACGAAUAACUCGUCGCAGAUCCGGUGCGCGGAGACGAUGCACCGCCGAGAGGGCGAAGGACGGUGCCGACUCGGCGAAGACUCAGGUGGGGGUCAUCCAACCUACUACAGCGCAGAACGCGUCGAGCCCGAGCGCGACGAGGGUGCCAGACCCACGUUGCACGACGGACAGUCGCGCUGACGCGGGACGAGCGACGCCGGCGGAUCACUCGCGAGAAGACAUCCGACCCCGGACGUUAGAUCCAGAAACAGCGUCACCUGUCAACCUCGGAAACUGCGACGAGGCCAACCCUGUCGUCAACGUGCCGGAACGAGACCCGCCGACGCCGGAGAACAUGGAUUUGGGGCGCGGGACGGCAUACGUCCUCGUGGUGACGAUGCACUCGGCUUCUACACGCGCGACGAACCCCAGAGGCAGAGCUCCAGAGGGCAUGGCCCCGGGCAUUUUACGGGGCACGGUGCGCUGGACGAAGACGCUCCUUGCGUCGGAUCUGGUUGUGCAUUCAAGUUUUUGGCACCGCCGACUCGCGCGGCUGAACGCGCUAGAAGUCGACCAAGGUGUACACGUCGCAGAUCGGACUCGGGGCGGAGUCGCGACGACGGACACGGCUGAAGUCAAUUUGCCGAUACGGUAUUGCUUGGAUUGCGACAGCCCCGGUCUCCCCCACGAGCUUAAGCGCAUGUCCGACGCACUGGCAGGAUGCGAGCUACAACGUCAUGAGUGCAACGCGACGGGAAACUCGUCGCAGACCCGGUGCGCAGAGACGCUACACCACCGAGAGGAGAUCGUCAGGAAACCAGAUGCCACGAAACACGGUCAAUGUCGUGCGACGGACAGUCACGCUGAAGCGAGACGCGGGGCGAUGGGAAGUGCCCCCGACGCGGCGAGAGCGCAGGGGGGUGGCAUCCAGCCCGGUGCAGCGCGGAACGCGUCGAGACUGAGCGCGACGAGGAUGUCAGAAGUUCUACAUUGCGCGAUGGACAGUCACGCGGAGGCGAGACGCGGGGCGAUGGACAGUGGCCUCGACGCGGCUAGGACGCAGGCGGCCGGCAACGAGCCUGCUGCAACGAGGAACGCGUCGAGCCCGAUCAGGAGGCCUGUUGCAGUGUCGAAAUACGUGGAGGGUCCAACGAGCGUGUCGGACGCCGCGAGUGACUCGUCGCGCGACGGAACAGAGUCGACGCGCCGAGGGAUAUGCAUCCUUCAGAACUGCCGACUCGCGCAGGUGAACGUGCUAGUAGUCGGCCAAACCGGGGACGACGCAGAUCGGACCCGGGGCGACCUCAUGCUCAACGCUGUGCCGCGAGACACCCCGUGUGUGAGCACGUACGCUGUACGUCUUGAGACGGGCUGCACGCCUUGUCAAUUUUCGGUCAAGGACGUUUCCAAGUUGAGGCCUGUGCGCGCUAUGAUCAAUGGGACGACCCCGUCGAACGAGCCCGCCGACUGCCGCGACGAGAUGCCGCUAGAAGUGAGCCGGGAUACUAGCACUGUAAAGAGCGACGGCGUUGCAUCCGCGGUGUACGUCAAGGGCGAUAAUCGCUGUCGGAAAACUACCGCGCCAGUGCGCCGAGCCCAAGCGACGGACGCUACAGAUCGGACCGCGUGCGCAGAUGCGGCGCGUCAGCCUGACACCCGCUCUGGACGAGGAUCUUCCGAAGGGGAGAAGUCCUUGGAGCUGCAUGCCGGUCGGGCUUCCCGACAUGACUGCGCGCGCCGCGAGUCCGACGUGACCUGGAGAGGCUGUACCGACGAACUGGAUCUCAACUGCGGAAAGUGGCGGUGCGACUUCUCGCGACAGCACGCUGGUCGUUACCGUCUUGCGGCGAUUUCGCGCGAGGACGCGGAGAGCCUCGACUCUGGGAAUGGCCGGAGCGAGGGGUUGGAUGAGGAAAGUGUGGAGGACCAGCCUGUUGCUGAAGAUGAUAUGGCGGAGGGCCGUCUCAUAAAAGAUGUGAAGAAGUGGAAAGAAACGAAGGAAAAGAGCAAGGCCUACGUGUUGGAGUUACGGCUACAGCGACUACGAGCAACGACAACGGCGGCGCGCUUGGGCGUCGCUGCCCGAGGCCUCGGACUGGAACUGCGCUGUGACCUGGCGCGUUCGAUCGACAGCAGCAGCCGAGACGAAGGCGAAGACGAUGGAGUCGAGACCAAACUAGGAGGCCUGCACCCUGGAGGCGAGACAGGAGCAGCGGGAGCCGCCGCUCGGCUUGACUCCGCAGGUCACAGCGUUUAUCUCCACCGCGACGGAAGCUUCACGUCGACGAAUCAGGUCGUAGGUGUCAAUGUGCCCGCCUACGGACGUGACGGCACCGGCAAGACGUUCUGGAAGUCCAUCGCGCACGUGCUACGCCAUCUACCAACCUCGACGCGCUUCCCGAAGCACCCGUCCUCAAACCGCGUCAUGCUCGUCGCGGUCCUGGAUGGCCACGUCGUGCUCGUCCUCCAGCUCGAUUACGUGAGCGCUGGAACGGUGGACUUGAGCGCUCGCGGCAUCUCGCCGCUACCCCCACACGCGACGUAUUCCCAGCUGCGCGAGACGUGGCCUGAAACUCGCUGA